AGUAAAUACCACAUGCUUUACCCAAUAAGCCCGGGAUCUAACACCUCGCAGUAGAAUUUGAUUAUUUGAAUUUUUCUUUGUACAAUAAACUGUGUAAAAUAAAAUAUAGCGAAAGUGGUAGAAUUUUUCCUAAAACGAACAAAAAUGAAAUAACUGCAGAGGAAUGGGUGAUAAAAAAACAUUGAGGAUCAGCGCGUGAAUACACAUAGUGUCGUCUGCUCCCAGAUGGGAAUAUAUCGUUAGCUAAAAUAAAUGGAUGACAAAAAAGUAAUUUAAGAUUUUCAAAAACUUCACCUUGUACUUGGAAGUAGUAAGUUUGUUUUAUGAGAAUUAAGAAAUAAAUACUUGAAUGAUGUGAGCUAAACAUUUAGUGUAAAAAAUCUUAAUUAUUUACCAGUCAAACAUUCAAAAUGGUGGAUUUCGAUAAGUUGGACAGCGACACCUUACAAGAUACCUUUCGGUUAUUAGAUGAUUUUAACGAGGAAGGAUUUAAUUGGAGGGAUAUGAACAUAUUUUCACAACCUGCCGAUGAAUAUAUAGAAAACUUUUUUAGUCGUAAGAAACAAAAAAGUCGGACAGACAAAUUAUUUUCUUCUUUCCCCUCAUUUGCAUCAAGUGCAAGAAGGUCCGUUGAUGCGGACGCUGAGUUUGCCGAUGACGUCUUUUCAUUUACUAAAAAUAGAUUCAGACGUUCGGAGUCCUCAUAUUCCACGACAUCCGGGUAUGAAACCUCGAGUUCAAACGAGACUAUAUCUGAAGAAGUGAAUGCCAGGAGAAAAGAUUCAUCAUCUACGCCUUCUCAAUCAAACUAUUCUAGCCGCUGUUCAACGCCGUCAAAAUCUAAAUAUUCGCCAAGUUCGUCUGCCUCUACGCCAUUAAAAUAUAAAUAUUCGCCAUCUUCGUCUGCUUCCACACCAUUCAAAACUUACAACAAACAACGCGAAAGGACAUACUCACAACGAAAUAAUUCAGAUUUAUCAAAAAGACUAGAGAAUAAGUUUAUGAAGGACGAGAGACAUUCAGUACCUCACGAGAUAUACUCUGAUUGUCCGACAACUCCAGAAGAUCACGAACGUCCGCAUUCCGUUCCCGUUCAUGGCGCGGACAUCAGUGAUAGUGAUUCUAACUCUAGUAUACGCUAUUUUCCGAGUAUAAGUAUGAAUAGUUCUCGAGACUCAUUGUGUUCUGAACCUUUAGAUCGUUUUAUGUCUAGACUAUCAAGUUUUUCAUCUGGAUCCUCUCGGGCUUCAUCUGUGAUCCAAGAUGACCCAUAUUCUAGUCCCAGGAAGUCACAACAGGAAUACUCCUACAAGGGCGACAACCCUUCCAAAUCAGAAUCAAAUAGUUCAAGUAAUUUACCAGACGUCCUGAAAGGAGACCCCAAUGGACCUCAAGUUAGAAAUGUCCCAAUUGCAAUGCCGCAUAAAGAAAAGGAGACAUGGACAGAAAAACAAGGAAGAAUUGAAGAUGCGUUGAAAUGGCUACGGUCAGAACUGGUUGGACUUCGAGCUCAAGACAAAGUACUCCUGUCACAAUUAAAACGUUGCCAUGACACCAUUGAAGAUCUAAAGAAACAACGAUCACAGAAUCCCCAUAGCGAAGACGACGAGGAAGACGGCCACUGGGAGGACUGGGAAAUAGCAGAAUUUGAAAAGAGGUAUGCUGAAAACCCCGAAUUAGCAGAAGACUUGUUCAAUUUGAAAGCAAAGAAAUCUGGUACUCCAAUUAAGAAAGAUAUUGAGGCAGCUCUCUGAAUAUGCUAACGUCAGUUAAUAACAUCCAAAAACUACGCAUACGCAAACUAGAAUUCUUAAAUUCAUCCUGGUUACCUGUCUGUAUCAUCUUGCGUUUUUUGUUAUCGUUGCUGCAAAGACUUUUGUGAAUAGAUCAGAAUGACGUUCAAGUGGAAGUAAUAAUGAGAUUUGAAAGAAGAAAAUAUACUUUUUAAACAGACGUUAUCUACAAAAUUGUUUGGUUUUUAAUUUACCAAUGGUGUUAACGAGAUCUUGAAUUGAUUUGAAAAAAAAAAUGAAAUCCACUGUUUAUUGAGACGAGUCGGAAAAAAAUAGUUUUGAGUUUUGUCAAGAAUAUUACAUAUUUUAAAUAUGUGAUUUAUGUGUUCUAUAUAAGAAAAGGUAAUGUGUGUGUUUCUGCACGUUCAAAUGAUGAAUAAUUGUAAGAACACAUUAUGGACUUGUAAGAACAAACUGAAGAGUUGUAAGAACACAUUAAAUAGUUGUAAGAACAUAUUGAAAUGUUGUAAGAACACGUUGUUCCUUCUCAGCAAUUAUCCCCUGUGCCAAAUAUGCAUCACUAAUGAAAAAAUCAAAAUGUUCAAUUUUUGCUUCAAUAUUGUGAAAUAUUAAGCUUUUGUUGUUGUUGUUGUUUUAUAAUUUUGUUGGAUUAACAGCCAAUGUGAUUCGUAUUGUUAAAUUCCAGAAUGCUUUAAUAAAAUGCUUUAUGUUAACUGA